AUGGCCCUCAAGCGAAAAGCAGCCGACGCGGCCAUCGAUGCCGUCAAGAAACCCAAGGCCAAUGGCUCCAUCACCGCGUUCUUCGGCCAGCCCAAACCCAAUGGCGCAACAUCCUCCACCAACCCAGACCAUCCGAGCACAUCUGCCACAGCCCCGGCGACGGUAGACGCGAAAUUCGACAAAGAAGCCUGGCUAGCAAAGCUCACCGACGAGCAAAAAUCACUCCUCAAGCUCGAGAUCGAAACGCUUCACGAGAGCUGGCUAGGCGUGCUAAAGGACGAAGUCACAAGCAAAGAGUUCCUGGAUCUGAAGAGAUUUCUCAAACAAGAAGUCGAGUCGGGAAAGAAGGUCUUUCCACCGAGCGAAGAUGUCUACAGCUGGUCAAGACAUACUCCUUUACAGAGUGUGAAAGCUGUCAUCUUAGGCCAGGAUCCUUACCACAACAUCAAUCAGGCACACGGACUUUGCUUUUCUGUCCGUCCACCGAUACCGGCCCCGCCGAGUUUGAAGAAUAUGUACAUUGCAUUGAAGAAGGACUACCCGGAUUUCACUCCCCCGCCGAAGAAUGGCGGACUUCUCACGCCGUGGGCCGAUCGUGGUGUUCUGAUGUUGAACACUUGCCUCACUGUUCGCGCGCACGAAGCCAACAGUCACUCGAAGAAGGGCUGGGAGAGAUUCACGCAGAAAGUCAUCGACGAGGUUGCCAAGCGGCGGACUCGCGGAGUCGUAUUCCUCGCUUGGGGAAAGCCGGCGCAAGAGCGUUGCAAGGCAAUCAAUAGUUCGAAGCAUCUGGUGCUGAAAAGCGUGCACCCAAGUCCCUUGUCUGCGCACAAGGGAUUUCUGGAAUGUGGGCAUUUCAAGGCCGCGAACAAGUGGUUGAGGGAGAGGUAUGGCGAGGAAGGUGUGAUUGACUGGAAUCUGGAUGUGAAGCCAGAAGAGGCCGGUGUCUGA